GUUCUUCUGAAGAGCGUCUUUACAAUGUUGGUUCUUGGUGCUGUGAGUUUUUAUUGCUUAGCAUACAAAAUACGCUAUAUUUACUAUAAACUGGAUCUUUCUAUCAGACUAACAGACUCGAUUCAGAUAAUUACAGACAAUUGCCAAUAUGCCAUCGAUUUAUACUUUGUUUAUAGAUAUGGACGGCAUAUGUACGUGGAAUACUUCAAACAGUACGAGAAAAUGGACAACUUCCUUGACACGAAUUGUUAUUCCGCGAUGAAACGAAAAAUUAUAAAAAUAAUGUCAUUUUUUACAAUUAUUUGGUUUCUGAGUUCUUUUAGUGAUAUGGGAGCGUGGGCCGUUACGUUUGGAUGGUGGAUUCCAUUUGUUCAUAUUAUUUCAUUUGUGUUUCUGUACACUAAAAUGCUGACGACAUUGGACUUGAUAGCGAACGUGAUACAAAUAGAGGCUCGACUUCGAAUGAUCAGCAACUUAGUUCAGAAUUGCUACACUUGUACGGAAAUGUGUCCGAUUGGAAUGUUGACGGAUUCUGUACGCAACAAAAAUUGGCUCUACUGCGAAGAUGAAGUUUCCCCUCAAAGUACUAAAAUACGUCCGGUCGAUAGCUGUGAAAUAAAACGCCUGUGUAAGUGUUACCUUCUACUGACAGAGCAAGUGAUGUUCAUUAACAAAAUGUACGGAUUCAGGAAGACUCUAUACUCAGGCGAAAAUUACAAUUAUUUACCCGGAUUUACGGGUUUGAUACGUUUUGUGACCUGCGCUAUAAUUGUCAUUACUUUGGUGGACCAAUGUGAGCAAACCUACAGACAAAGAGAGCGCAUCAUCAAUGUCAUCGACCAUCUUAUAUUAAACAAAAGGCCGGUCACUGUACUGAUGAAUAAGUUCCCUUUUGUCUUUGCGAUCAACUCCACUGUUAUAACCUCCUUUGGAUCCCGAAGCCACAAGCCUGUGACAUGGCACAACUAUAAGCAAAGAGUUUGCACCACAGGCUGCUCCAACGGCUCUGGAGUGGCUUGGGGGGCGGCCUAA